GCAGACGCAGCGCUGACGACAGCAAGUCACGUACAUUUCUGCCUUGAAAAUGCUCGCCAACACCAGGCGGGUAUCGGGGUCUAGUGUUGGCGCUACCCACGGUGCCAUGGUCCCGCCUGUUCGAGGUGCAGAUGCGGGAUGGUCCUUUGAGUCUGGUCCAAUCGUGGGCGGCCGCCGUAGUGGAUAUAGGGCAAAAAGCGACAGGUCGUCUUCGUUAAGAGGCGCGAAUUUUUGCUGUUGGAUGGGUGUAAGGACAGGGGAUAGUUCGCCCAGCGCUGAGCUAAACAUGGCGUCCGCGAGUUCCCCGGAUGUUUUGUGUGUGUUUGAGCGUAUCAAGCUGUCGCGAUAGCUGCAUAGGCGCGUUUCCACACCACUGGGAGCGUUAGAGGCGUCAUUCACUAGCCGUUGCGAGGGCAUGCGUGCCUGCAGCCAAAGAGUCACGGCCGGGCAAGAUGAUCGAGUACCAGUAUGGUAUGGUAUGGACGGCCUCCUCGCUCCACCACCCCCCUCAGUGCUCCACUCUCCCAACCCAACCCAACCCUCGUCGCCCGGCCAAUACACGCGAUAUAUAAUAAAAGCCUCGUCGCCUGCCCCCCGAAGGAAUCUGGUUCCUUCGCAAGCUGCUCGCAAGACUCUCGGCCAUCAUAGACGCCCAAGACAUGUCUCACUCCUAGAUCGAACGCGUCCUCUGCGGGAUGCUCAGCUGCAGCCGUCCAUGGCGGGCUUCGCACACCCAGACACGGCUCUUGCGCACCCAAUUCUCCCCGCGACGCCUGAUCGAGCACCGUCCUCGAGACAAUCCCUCCCCAAUGGGCCGUGCAACUAUCGCGACGCAGCUUUAGGACAAUGUGGAUGUGACCAGUUCUGGGACAAGGACAGCGCCGACCUCCACGAUGGAAGCGCUGCGCAUCAACCGACCAGCGAGCGCUCCACCUGGUGUGUCUGCAAACACCAUGCUUGCUUCCAUCUGAGAGUGUCGCGUGCCUCUGAGCCACCCGCGCCCUCGAUAGCUACUGCCAUUGCUCCUUUGCAUGCCAACUGGAACGACCAGGCUCAAUUGCUGCCGGGGUCGCAGUCCAAUGCAUACACAGGUGCUAGAAAGCGCGAGGCCCCUCGUUCCCCACAAGAUACUACUCAAAUUGUACACAAUGGCCACAUCAUCAAGACAUCUCAUGCUGGGCCUAGUCGCUAUGAACAAGGUCGGGACACUCCAUCGCAGACCAGCACGACUGGCCUUCCUGGAAUCCCUUCAGUGUGCAGGCUAUCUUAUGACCAGCGUCCAGCAGCUGACAAUGCAUCUAGGCAUGGCGUAGACCAGUCUCGCCACACUGUGGCAGGCCUCGGUCUUUCAAUGAUGCAUUUGGAGAGCAGGGGCACUAUUAACCGUCAACAGUCUCCUUCGCCGACGAUAGCUGACGACGCCAGUGUCGUUCCCGUCCCCCAAAGAUCCUACAGUGAUCCAGAGAUCGCCUCGACAAGAGCAAACUCUAUUCAGAUCGAAGCGAACCGAGUCCUCAACCCGUCGCGUGGCAUUAUAGACCAAGUGUUCGAAUUCAAUCGUAACCUCCAACUCGACGUGCCCGGCGAUACCAUUCCGAACACGUACAACCCCGACGACUUCAUACAAAGCGCUACAGAGGUUGCAACACCAAGUGUGAGGAACACACCCGAUCUUGCUGCUGCCGACCAAGCUGUGCAGGAAGGGAAGAAGCUGAUUGACACGCUCGCCCGCCUGACGUCAAACACGCCGCAAGCAAACGGCUCACCGGCGAGGCCAACGAGCGCGGCGUCCGCUCCUGAACAACAGCUUUUAUUGACAAACUCUCCUUCAGCGCCGCAAGAGCAGCUGCAAACCCUCCUUAGAUCGGCAUCCCCGCAAGGUCUCCAAAAGUUAGUUUCGUAUCUAGCCCCACUGCACAACCUUUUGAACUCGAUCCCAAAUGUAGCCAACACCAUGAGGGACCUCGGCAGCCGCUUGGAUAUGCUCGAGAACGGAUCCUUUAACUAUGUCCAGCCUGAAGACCUCAACCAAACUCUUGAGAUGUAUGAAGGCAGACUCAUCGAGAUUGAGCAUCGUAUGGAUGAACACGAGCGAUAUCACCAGGCAACCGAUGACCAGCACAGUAGUAGCUCGUUUAGCAGAAGGCAUCUCGAUAAUGUUGCAGCGUCCUUUGGUUCCAAUCACUCUUUGCAAUCCACCACAUCGUCAGCAGUUAUCCUUGCUGCCAUGGACCGGAAAGAUACGGAUAUGGAGAUUGGUACGAUCAAAGAUCGUCUAGACUUGCUUGAGGCAGCAUCUCUACCCACCACACUCAAUCCUUGGGAAGUUGAGGUCGUUUUGUUACCGUGGGGUCGAGAACUGCGCGGCAUCUGGUUUUCGCCUGACGAACCCAUGCAUAGCUCGUCCAGGACCACGACCCAGGACUCGGAAGAGUGGACACAAGCGCGGGCCUCGAGGCUUGAUCCAAACCUAUCAUCUCCGCAAGAUCCGACACGAGAUACAGACUCGAGUCCUCAACCCGGCACUAGGUCGCAAGCCAAAGAUUCCAUCUUCAGUGAAACCGAAAGUGGCUGGAGUAGCCAAGCCAUCAGCGAUUGGGCUUCCAGGUCGACUGACGACUGGCUCUUCCCAAAAGGCUGCGGCAGCAACAACAUGGUUUACAAAAGGCUCCAGAGUCGAGGUUUCAUACGACAGGUCACAAUGAAGGGUGCUAGUGCUAGAGACAUCCAAGCUACUCUAUCAAAUGCAUUUAGCGAUCUACUGGAGCACCUGAGCUAUACCGAUCAGGAUCAGCAUCCGACCAUCGCUGCGUAUCCUGGCCUUCGAGCCUCCUUCAUUCCUUUACGAAAGGUUUUGAAGGAGUCUAAACUUCGCUUCCUGACACCGGCCGAGAUGGCUAGCUCCGCACUAUGGUCCGCGCAGUUCCUCACUGCCGGUGUUAUGAUGCGCGUAUCAGGUGGCAGGAAAAGGUUGUAUGUGACACAUCGCGAAGCAUACAUGCAGCAAAGCGAUGCAAUGGGGACUUCAUGGACGUGGCAAGAGCUACGACAAUUGCCCCGCUUCCAGCCUGAUCAAGACUCGCAGAUGGAAGGCAACGAUGAGCACUGCCAGCCCGAGGUUCCAGAGGCAGAUGCGAAGGAAGCCUGCUGGCAGUUUGUCGAGGCCUACGAUGCCCCUCCUGCUAGCGUUCACUCCUCGUUCAGCAGUAACCAGUCAGUCCAGCUCUCUAUGCGGCCAGCUGAUCGUCAAUGGCGACGGUCGAUUACCCCGAGCUCAAUCCUAAAGAACAAGUAUCUUCAGCCUAUCUCUCCCUUGAGCGAGUUUCCUCCACAACGGCCGAGUCAAUUCCGGAACCGCACAGCUUCUGCCUCUGUCGUCAACACCUUCCCGCCUGGAUCGUCAAAGCGCCGCUUCAAUUCGUCUCCAGUCAAACAAUCGUCUGCUCCGCAAGCCACCUCACGCGCUCCAAGUAUCUCCAUAGCUAGGCUCAAACGCCGUCGCGUCACAGACUCUUCGUCUCCGCGACCAGAAGAGAACGUGCGUGCUGAAGCGCAAACCACAAUAUGGGCCGCCACCCCGCGACGUUCCAGGGAACCGCCUUCUCCAUUCUAUUCGUCGCAGCUCGCACUACCGCGCACGAACUCGGAUGUGACGAGCCGACCGAGCCAACGAUCCAUUGCUGUCGUAGGUAAAUCGACGCCGUUUGCAUAUGCAACCCCACAUUCUGGGCCGUUUGUUGGCGGCCACGACUUUAGUGCCUACAGCAACGGCGGAGAUACCGAACCUGACGACGACGACGAUGCGUACAAUGAUGAUGACGGGGAGGCAAGCUGGCGCGGAGUAACCGAUGGCGAUGAAGACAGUGCAUCGAGCUCCGCAUCUGACGCGCAUGCUGGAGCAGAGGAACCAGGCAGCUUCUCGGGUGAAGAUAGUGGAUUUGAAUCCGAAAGUGGAGAUGAUGGACGCUCAGAAGUGGAAGGCGGAUUUGGCGCUCAGCAACAGCACAAUGAUGAUGACGAGGAAGAGGACGUUUUUGAUUCCUUACUCGAUGUACUGGAGCAGUAAAGCGACUGCGGGGUUGUUUAUGAUAUGUGGAUAUGUAUUGAUUUUGGGUUUGGGAUUAGGCGC